UUUCUCUUUCCCCCCUCUCUUUUCUCGCAGUGUUUCUGUGUUGAUUUGGGCCAUACAUAUAUGGCGUAUGUGAGUGUCAGUGGAGACUUCUGCCAGGCACAGCACCUCGCCUUCGUGGACAAGUGAAUCGUCCGCCCCCCUCGGGACUACGCUACCCAGAAGCCCCCCUGAAGCCAGCACACUGGGAAUCCCUGUCUCCUCCAACGAUCCCCUGGGAUACCGCGUAGUCCUUGGCCAGAUCGCCCAGCUCUGUCCCCUGAGCCGCCAAUAAGAAAACUGCACAGUUCUCUUCUACUUCCUGCUUUCUCUCCCAGAAGCCAAUCACAUACCGCUCUCCUGAAUGGGGUAAAAUCUGAAUGUCCGAUUGGAUGACUCGUGGAUAGUCUCCCCAAUUUUUAUUUUAUUUAAAUUUGUAACAACUCAAUCCCCCCCCCCCCCCCACCCGUGGAGUCUUGUGGACUAUUUCAUCCAUAUUUUUUGUUACCCCUCUUUUUUUGUAAAACAUCCACAGGCAUUUCCAUGCACAUUCCUCUCCUCCUCCACCUCCCUUCGUUGGCGUGUUUUUAUUUAUUAAUUUUUUUAACCUACAGAAUCCUACUAGAAGUCCUUGCUGACAUCUGAGCCAAAAGUAGUCAUCCUUUUUGUAAGAGAUUAUAAGUAUUUUAUUGUAAUUGUUUUCAAAGCCGUCUCGCCAACAUGAACCGCCCUGCAGCAGUGGAGAUUGCCUACGAGGGCAUGAGGUUCCUCAUCACACACAACCCCACCAACGCCACGCUCAACAAGUUCACCGAGGUGAGGCCGCCACGUUGUGUGUGGGCAUGUGUGUUGCUUGUGCGUUGUCCUGUAGUGUCUGCAUGUAUAACCUUAUCAAUUCAACGCUCAAGUUCACUGUGGAGUGACAUACACAUACAUCUGACUGUAUGUACAUGCAUCAAUAACCUCACCAAAGUAGCCUAUAACAAAUUCCCUCAGUUCAACCUACAAUUAAACAUAAAUAGUUUAGAGUACAAGAUAUCUUUGCUGAUACCGUCUCUCUCUCUCUCUCUCUCUCUCUCUCUCUCUCUCUCUCUCUCUCUCUCUCUCUGUCUCUCUCUCUCUCUGUCUCUCUCUCUCUCUGUCUCUCUCUCUCUGUCUCUCUCUCUCUCGAUCUCUCUCGAUCUCUCUCUCGAUCUCUGUCUCGAUCUCUCUCUGUCUCGAUCUCUCUCUGUCUCGAUCUCUCUCUGUCUCGAUCUCUCUGUCUCGAUCUCUCUCUGUCUCGAUCUCUCUCUCGAUCUCUCUGUCUCGAUCUCUCUCUCUCGAUCUCUGUCUCGAUCUCUCUCUGUCUCGAUCUCUCUCUGUCUCGAUCUCUCUCUGUCUCGAUCUCUGUCUGUCUGUCUCGAUCUCUGUCUGUCUGUCUCGAUCUCUGUCUGUCUGUCUCGAUCUCUGUCUGUCUGUCUCGAUCUCUGUCUGUCUGUCUCGAUCUCUGUCUGUCUGUCUCGAUCUCUGUCUGUCUGUCUCGAUCUCUGUCUGUCUGUCUCGAUCUCUGUCUGUCUCGAUCUCGAUCUCUGUCUGUCUGUCUCGAUCUCGAUCUCUGUCUGUCUCGAUCUCGAUCUCUGUCUGUCUCGAUCUCGAUCUCUGUCUGUCUCGAUCUCGAUCUCUGUCUGUCUCGAUCUCGAUCUCUGUCUGUCUCGAUCUCGAUCUCUGUCUGUCUCGAUCUCUCUCUCUGUCUGUCUCGAUCUCUCUCUCUGUCUGUCUCGAUCUCUCUCUGUCUCGAUCUGUCUCGAUCUCUCUCUCUGUCUCGAUCUCUCUCUCUGUCUCGAUCUCUCUCCUUCUCUAUCUCGGUCUCUCUCUCUCGAUCUCUCUCGGUCUCUCUCUCUCGAUCUCGGUCUCUCGGUCUCUCUCGAUCUCUCUCCUUCUCUGUCUCGAUCUCUGUCUGUCUCGAUCUCUGUCUGUCUCGAUCUCUGUCUGUCUGUCUGUCUCGAUCUCUGUCUGUCUCGAUCUCUGUCUGUCUGUCUGUCUCGAUCUCUGUCUGUCUGUCUGUCUCGAUCUCUCUGUCUGUCUCGAUCUCUCUCUCUGUCUGUCUGUCUCGAUCUCUCUCUUUCUGUCUCGAUCUCUCUCUUUCUGUCUCGAUCUCUCUCUUUCUGUCUCGAUCUCUCUCUUUCUGUCUCGAUCUCUCUCUUUCUGUCUCGAUCUCUCUCUUUCUGUCUCGAUCUCUCUCUUUCUGUCUCGAUCUCUCUCUUUCUGUCUGUCUCGAUCUCUCUCUGUCUCGAUCUCUCUCUGUCUCGAUCUCUCUCUGUCUCGAUCUCUCUCUGUCUCUGUCUCGAUCUGUCUCGAUCUCUGUCUCGAUCUCUGUCUCGAUCUCUCUCCUUCUCUAUCUCGGUCUCUCUCUCUCGAUCUCUCUCGGUCUCUCUCUCGAUCUCUCUCGGUCUCUCUCUCUCGAUCUCUCUCGGUCUCUCUCUCUCGAUCUCUCUCGAUCUCUCUCGGUCUCUCUCUCUCGAUCUCUCUCGAUCUCUCUCGGUCUCUCUCUCUCGGUCUCUCUCGGUCUCUCUCUCUCGAUCUCGGUCUCUCUCGGUCUCUCUCGAUCUCUCUCCUUCUCUGUCUCGAUCUCUGUCUCGAUCUCUGUCUCGAUCUCUGUCUGUCUGUCUCGAUCUCUCUCUGUCUGUCUCGAUCUCUGUCUGUCUGUCUGUCUCGAUCUCUGUCUGUCUGUCUGUCUGUCUCGAUCUCUGUCUGUCUGUCUGUCUCGAUCUCUGUCUGUCUGUCUGUCUCGAUCUCUGUCUGUCUGUCUGUCUCGAUCUCAUGUCUGUCUGGUCUGUCGAGAUCUCUCUCUUGCUGUCUGCAUCCAAAUCUCUCUUUCUGUCUCGAUCUCUCUCUGUCUGUCUCGAUCUCUCUCUCUCCUGCUCGUCGCUCUCUCUGUCUCUCGAUCUCUCUCUCUCUGUCUGUCUCGAUCUCUCUCUCUCUGUCUGUCUCGAUCUCUCUCUCUCUGUCUGUCUCGAUCUCUCUCUCUCUGUCUGUCUCGAUCUCUCUCCUCUCUCGUCUCGUCUCGUCUCUCUCGUCCUUCUUCCGCUCUCGCUCUCUCUCGAUCCGGUCUCUCUCGGUCCUCUCUCCUCGUCUCUCGAUCUCGGUCUCUCUCUCUCUCUCUCCUUCUCGAUCUCUCUUCUCGCAUCUCGGUCUCUCUCGGUUUCUCUCUCCUUCUCUUCUCGUCUCUCUCGUCUCGUCUCUCGGUCUCUCUUCUCUGUCUCUCUGUCUCUCUCGGUCCCUCUCGAUCUCGGUCUCUCUCGAUCUCGGUCUCUUUCGUCUCGAUCUCCUCUCUGUCUCGUCCGGGCUCUGACUCUUCGUCUGUUCUCGAUCCUCUCGUGUCUCGAUCUCGGUCUCUCUGAUCUCGUCUCUCUCUCUGUCUCGGUCUCUCUCCUUCUCUGUCCUCUCUCGUGUCCUCUCUCUCUCUCUGUCUCAUCUCGGUCUCUCCUCUCGGUUCUCGUCCUCCUCCUCUCGAUCUCGCGUCUCUCUCGAUCGUCUUUCGGUCUCUCUCUCGUCUCUCUCGAUCUCGGUUCUUCUCUCUCGCGUCUCUCUCCUCGAUCUCUCUGUCUCUCUCUCGAUCUCUCUGUCUCGUCUCUCUCUGUCUCGAUCUCUCUGUCUCGAUCUCUGUCUGUCUCUUCUCGUCUCUUGUCUGUCUUCUGUCUCGAUCUCUGUCUGUCUGUCUUCUCGAUCUCUGUCUGUCUCGAUCUCUCUCCUUCUCGGUCUCUCUCUCCGUCUUUUUCUCUCUCGUCCUCUCUCUCGUCUCCUUCUCUGUCUGUCUCGAUCUCGGUCUCUCUCGAUCUCGGUCUCUCUCGAUCUCGGUCUCUCUCCUUCUCUGUCUCAAUCUCGGUCUCUCUCCUUCUCUGUCUCAAUCUCGGUCUCUCUCGGUCUCGGUCUCUCUCGAUCUCGGUCUCUCUCGAUCUCGGUCUCUCUCGGUCUCUCUCGAUCUCGGUUUCUCUCGGUCUCUCUCGAUCUCUCUGUCUCUCUCGAUCUCUCUGUCUCGAUCUCUCUCUGUCUCGAUCUCUCUGUCUCGAUCUCUGUCUGUCUGUCUCGAUCUCUGUCUGUCUGUCUGUCUCGAUCUCUGUCUGUCUGUCUGUCUCGAUCUCUGUCUGUCUGUCUGUCUCGAUCUCUGUCUGUCUGUCUGUCUGUCUGUCUCGAUCUCUCUGUCUGUCUGUCUCGAUCUCUCUGUCUGUCUGUCUCGAUCUCUCUGUCUGUCUGUCUCGAUCUCUCUCUUUCUGUCUCUGUCUCGAUCUCUCUGUCUCGAUCUCUCUCUGUCUCGAUCUCUCUCUGUCUCGAUCUCUCUCUGUCUCGAUCUCUCUCUCAGGAGCUGAAGAAGUUUGAGGUGAAGACACUGGUGAGAGUGUGUGAUGCCACCUACGACAAGGCCCCAGUGGAGAAGGGGGGGAUCCAGGUCGUGGUAAGGAUUACACACACACUAACCUUGUCCCCAGGCUUGACUUGCUAGCGCAUAGAGCCUGGUAAGUGUGGGACUAUUUGGAACUUUGGGGGUGUGGAUUUACUGAGUGACAUACUAAUCAAGUCAAAUUCUGAGCGAAUCACACAACUGAGGCGUUGCUCUAAAUCGAGGCGACAGUUGUAUUAGAUGCAAUCAAAAUCAAUGUUCUAUCACAUUAAAUAAAUCCCCCCCCCCCCCCCCAGACUGCCUACACUAUUUCAACAUAAUUUUCUGUCCUACAGAGGAAGUGCACGUUUAGGUUCCAUCGCCGAAGAAUGAUGAAGGCUACUUAUACAUAUUGAAGAAUUAGGUGUGGGAAUUUCCACGUGGAGUUGCUAAACAUCAACAAAUGGGGCACUGACAGCGGUCGGUGUAGCUAGCUAGCAUGCUAACCCUAUCUAGCAAGUUAAUGUUAUGUUAUUUUUCUUUUUUUUUUCUUUACCACACUGUAUUCAAAAGAUUAGCCAGCUGGCUCUAUAGCUGGUUCUGGAGCUGGAUUUGUCAUAAGCAUUGAUGUAGGGAAAACUUUUCCUCAGAUGACUUCGCCAUCUAUUGUUAUCGCCAAAGUUUUGGCGUCUUCCAUAAAUUGUGGCCGCGAAUCCACCAUAGAAAUAGUUAGAAAGAAUAAGAUGGUAAUAUGGAUAACUAUUGAAAGCUAACUGAUAUGCGUUUUUCGACAUUAUAAUGGACACUGUGCAACCUUUGGUAGGUAGGCUGCUUGCUGGCUAUGGUACAGCAAAGCCAAGUCAGCCCAUGCUCACGGUUUUCACAGGGGGAGUAAAAUGAAAGGCUACAAUGACUUUGCUCAUGAUCAUGCACACCGCAAAUAACAUUUUCGGUGCCUUUUCAUUAUCUGGACAGGUGUGGUUUCUAGCUAACGUUACACCAAUCAAAGCAGUGGAGUGUGUAGUGAAGCAAGACUUUAGUGGUCAAAAUCAUUAAUCUUGGCGCGACUGGGGGAGCGGGUUUGCAAAAUGCUAUCAUAUCACACAAUUAUACCAUUUAUAAAAUGGUCAUAUACAGUGCAUUUGGAAAGUAUUCAGACCCCUUGACUUGUUCCACAUUUUGUUACGUUACAGCCUUAUCCUAAAAUUGAUUACAUUAUGUUUUUCCCUCAUCAAUCUACACACAAUACCCCAUAAUGGCAAAGCGAAAACAGUUUUUUAGAAAACCGAAAUACCUUAUUUACAUAAGUAUUCAGACCAUUCGAUAUGAGACUCGAAGUUGUGCUCAGGUGCAUCCGGUUUCCAUUGAUCAUCCUUAAGAUGUUUUUACAACUUGAUUAGAGUCACCUGUGGUAAAUUUAAAUUGAUUGGACAUUAUUUGUAAAGGCACACACUUGUCUAUGUAAGGUCCCACAGUUGACAGUGCAUGUCUUAGCAAGAACCAAGCCAUGAGGUCGAAGGAAUUGUCCGUAGAGCUCCGAGACAGGAUUGUGUCGAAGGCAUAGAUCUGGGGAAGGGUACCAAAACAUUUCUUCAGCAUUUAAGGUCCCCAAGAACACAGUGGCCUCCAUCAUUCUUAAAUGGAAGAAGUUUGGAACCACCAAGACUCUUCCUAGAGCUAGACGCCCGGCCAAACUGAGCAAUUGGGGGAGAAGGGCCUUGGUCAGGGAGGUGACCAAGAACCCAAUGGUCACUCUUACAGAGCACCAUAGUUCCUCUGUGGAGAUGGGAGAACCUUCCAGAAGGGCAACCAUCUCUACAGCACUCCACCAAUCAGGCCUUUAUGGUAGAGUUGCCAGACGGAAGCCACUCCUCAGUAAAAGGCACAUGACCGCAUGCUUGGAAUUUGCCAAAAGGCACCGAAAAGACUCAGACCAUGAGAAACAAGAUUCUCUGGUCUGAUGAAACCAAGAUUGAACUCUUUGGCCUGAAUGCUAAGCGUCACGUCUGGAGGAAACCUGGCACCAUCCCUACAGUGAAGCAUGGUGGUGGCAGCAUCAUGCGGUGGGGAUGUUUUUCAGCUGCAGGGACUGUGAGACUAGUCAAGGGAGGGAAAGAUGAAUGGAGCAAAGUACAGAGAGCUCCUUAAUGAAAACCUGCUCCAGAGCGCUUAGGACCUCAGACUGGGGCGACGGUUCACCUUCCAACAGGACAACGACCAUAAGCACACAGCCUAGACAAUGCAGGAGUGGCUUCAGGACAGGUCUCUGAAUGCCUUUUUGUGGCCCAGCCAGAGCCCGGACUUGAACCCGAACAAACAUCUCUGGAGAGACCUGAAAGUAUAGCUGUGCAGCGACACUCCCCAUCCAACCUGACAGAGCUUGAGAGGAUCUGCAGAGAAGAAUGGGAGAAACUCCCCAAAUACAGGUGUGCCAAGCUUGUAGCGUCAUACCCAUGAAGACUCGAGGCUGUAAUCGCUGCCAAAGGUGCUUCAACAAAGUACUGAGUAAAGGGUCUAAAUACUUAUGUAAAUGUAUAUUCUUUCCGUUUUUUUAUUAGCAAAACAUUUUUACAGCCUGUUUUUGCGUUGUCAUUAUGGAGUAGUGUGUAGAUUUGAGUUGUUUCAAACAAAAAUUUUAGAAUAAGGCUGUAACGUAACAAAAUGUGGAAAAUGUCGAGUUGUCUGAAUACUUUCCGAAUGCAAUGUAUAUACACUGAGUAUACCAAACAUUAGGAACACCUUACUAAUAUUGCGUCGCACAACCCCUUUUUGUGCUCAGAACAGCCUCAAUUCAUCGGGGCAUGGACUGUACAAGGUGUCAAACGUUCCACAGAGAUGCUGGCCCAUGUUGACUCCAAUGCUUCCCACAGUUGUGUCAAGUUGGCUGGAUGUCCUUUGGGAGGUGGACCAUUCUUGAUACACACGGGAAACUGUUGCGCAUGAAAAACCAAGCAGCGUUGCAGUUUUUGACAAAAACCAGUGUGCCUGGCACCUACUACCAUACCACAUUGAAAGGCACAAUUCACCCUCUGAAUUGCACACUUACACAAUCCAUAUCUCAAUUGUCUCAAGGCUUAAAAAUCCUUCUUUAACCUGUCUCCUCCCCUUCAUCUACACUGAUUUGAAGUGGAUUUAACAAGUGACAUCAAUUAGUGAUCAUAGCGUUUACCUGGAUACAACUGGUCAGUCUGUCAUGGUAAGAGCAGGUGUUCUUAAUGGUUUGUAUACUCAGUGUGUGUGUGUGUGUGUGUGUGUGGAUAUAGAUAGAUAGAUAUAUACAGUGGGGGAAAAAAGUAUUUAGUCAGCCACCAAUUGUGCAAGUUCUCCCACUUAAAAAGAUGAGAGAGGCCUGUAAUUUUCAUCAUAGGUACACGUCAACUAUGACAGACAAAUUGAGGAAAUAAAAUCCAGAAAAUCACAUUGUAGGAUUUUUAAUGAAUUUAUUUGCAAAUUAUGGUGGAAAAUAAGUAUUUGGUCACCUACAAACAAGCAAGAUUUCUGGCUCUCACAGACCUGUAACUUCUUCUUUAAGAGGCUCCUCUGUCCUCCACUCGUUACCUGUAUUAAUGGCACCUGUUUGAACUUGUUAUCAGUAUAAAAGACACCUGUCCACAACCUCAAACAGUCACACUCCAAACUCCACUAUGGCCAAGACCAAAGAGCUGUCAAAGGACACCAGAAACAAAAUUGUAGACCUGCACCAGGCUGGGAAGACUGAAUCUGCAAUAGGUAAGCAGCUUGGUUUGAAGAAAUCAACUGUGGGAGCAAUUAUUAGGAAAUGGAAGACAUACAAGACCACUGAUAAUCUCCCUCGAUCUGGGGCUCCACGCAAGAUCUCACCCCGUGGGGUCAAAAUGAUCACAAGAACGGUGAGCAAAAAUCCCAGAACCACACGGGGGGACCUAGUGAAUGACCUGCAGAGAGCUGGGACCAAAGUAACAAAGCCUACCAUCAGUAACACACUACGCCGCCAGGGACUCAAAUCCUGCAGUGAAAGACGUGUCCCCCUGCUUAAGCCAGGCCCGUCUGAAGUUUGCUAGAGUGCAUUUGGAUGAUCCAGAAGAGGAUUGGGAGAAUGUCAUAUGGUCAGAUGAAACCAAAAUAGAACAUUUUGGUAAAAACUCAACUCGUCGUGUUUGGAGGACAAAGAAUGCUGAGUUGCAUCCAAAGAACACCAUACCUACUGUGAAGCAUGGGGGUGGAAACAUCAUGCUUUGGGGCUGAUUUUCUGCAAAGGGACCAGGACGACUGAUCCGUGUAAAGGAAAGAAUGAAUGGGGCCAUGUAUCGUGAGAUUUUGAGUGAAAACCUCCUUCCAUCAGCAAGGGCAUUGAAGAUGAAACGUGGCUGGGUCUUUCAGCAUGACAAUGAUUCCAAACACACCGCCCGGGCAACGAAGGAGUGGCUUCGUAAGAAGCAUUUCAAGGUCCUGGAGUGGCCUAGCCAGUCUCCAGAUCUCAACCCCAUAGAAAAUCUUUGGAGGGAGUUGAAAGUCCGUGUUGCCCAGCGACAGCCCCAAAACAUCACUGCUCUAAAGGAGAUCUGCAUGGAGGAAUGGGCCAAAAUACCAGCAACAGUGUGUGAAAACCUUGUGAAGACUUACAGAAAACGUUUGACCUGUGUCAUUGCCAACAAAGGGUAUAUAACAAAGUAUUGAGAAACUUUUGUUAUUGACCAAAUUACUUAUUUUCCACCAUAAUUUGCAAAUCAAUUCAUAAAAAAUCCUACAAUGUGAUUUUCUGGAUUUUUUUUUCUCAUUUUGUCUGUCAUAGUUGACGUGUACCUAUGAUGAAAAUUACAGGCCUCUCUCAUCUUUUUAAGUGGGAGAACUUGCACAAUUGGUGGCUGACUAAAUACUUUUUUUCCCCACUGUAUAUAUAUAUAUAUAGAUACACACACACACACACACACACACACACACACACACACACACACACACACACACACACACACACACACACUAGAAACACAAAAAUAUAUAUACUGGUGUGCAGGUUUAACCAUAUCAUUUUUGGGAAGCCCAAUGGAUUUUCCACUCAACUUGAUUCAAGUUCUAUUCUGAGGCGCUGUGAAGCCAGAUGGUUCGACAGCGAGAGCCGGCUGGUGGAGGAGAUUGCACACAUACCUAGAGAGCAGUAAAAAUGUAUAACUGAACCGAAUGCCAGAUGUAUUUGUUUGCCUCCUAGGAAUUUUAGGGUAGUUGAAUUUGCUGUUUCUUUCUUCCAUGGAAUGUCAAGUUAAAAAGGUGUUUUUCCCUCUCUGGAGACCUUCCCUGUUAUCUGUCUUCAUUUGUCCUCAACUGUCUGCCUGCCACUGUGUGCUGAGCUGAGAGGUAGAGAAGAGAAGGAAUCUCUGGCUCAGAUCCACAUGAAGAAGGCUCCACCCAGGCCUUCUUGCUCUCUGUCUGUUUCUCUCUUAUGUGCACUGUAUUGUAUCUUCUCACAGUUUAGGUUAGUAUUCAGCUGUCUCACAGAUUAUUUAAGGAAGGCCAGAGACACCUUGUGUUUGGGAGAGGAAAUAUCCUAUCCCCUCUCCUUGAUACAGUUUUAAUACGGUCAUCACCACCUCUCUUCCUGGAGCAUUCCUCUGCCUGUCACUCUCCAAUGUAUUGGAUUAAAUGUUAUGCAGGCUGUAAUGAUGAUCACAAUCCGGUUUUGAUAUUGGUUGAGCACCAAGACAGGAAUAGCCAUGCACAAUUGCACCAUUUCUUGAAAUCCCGAUUGGAAAAUUCCCAGAAUCAUGAGGGAAUUAGCAGGGAAUCUGGGAAUCCUACAACCAGGAUUUCAGUAAACCUUGGGCAUUUUGGGAAAGAUACCAGAAUUUUCAAAGCAUGGCCAAACGCAUUGCAGAUUGACAAACUACAGCGUAAAGAAUUAAUAACACAACCCGUUGUCUGUUCCUGUCUUUGUCACUCAUCAAAUAUGAAAAGAGUCUGUGAUUGAUGCCUACAUAAAACUGGUACAUGUCAUGAGUCACAGACAUGGAGAGAGAAGGCUGCAACAAGGAGAGGAUGAUAUGAGCAAGGGGGAGAGAAAUAUAGAGAUGUGGUCUGUGCUGAGCUGUAGCAGAGACACUGGGUCAGCACGAGUACAGAGGCUCAGACGGAUAUACAGGGGUCAGGCUGUCUGCCAGGACACACCAUACACACACACACACACACACACACUAUUCAGCAUAUCAAGCUUUCCAACUUAGACACACGCAUGAUAUAGCCUAAUGGACAAAGCUGCUCUAAAGCUUCAAUCAGGCUUUGAUUGAAUUAUCCUGUACUGACCUUCAGCAUUGACCACUGGUUAAAUGAACCCCGAGCCCCUGGUUUGAUCCAUUUUUAAAAAAUGUGUUCCUCUUCCUCCGUAGGACUGGCCCUUUGAUGAUGGCGCCCCGCCCCCCACCCAGAUAGUAGAUGACUGGCUGAACCUGCUGAAGACCAAGUUCCGAGACGAACCUGGCUGCUGCAUCGCCGUGCACUGUGUGGCGGGGCUGGGCCGGUGAGGGUAUUGACCUGUGUGUGUGUGUGUGUGUGUGUUGGUAAGUGGGCCAGGUGAAUGUGUGUAAGUGGGCUUAAUUGUGGCUAGUGAGACCCAUCUAACGACUAGCGAUGAGUACUCCAAUGGACGUCAGAGAUCUUCAGUUUUUUUUCUCUUUCAAAUACUGUAAAACUAUUUGGUGUAAUGUGCUUUUUGGCUGCCCGGAUGGGCAAGUAAAAUUUUGUUCUGAAAAAAAUGAAAAUGUUAUCUUGAAGACCAUGUUAAUUUGCUUUGACUCUAGUGUUUUAUUUGUACAUGUGCAUUUGCAGGGCACAAAAAAAAAUAGAAGCCAAGCAUCACACAGUUCUUCUCCCUAAAUUCCUUUUCUCCUCUGUCUCAUUCACUCAAUUGCGUUCCGACCACUCCCUACACAUGGGUGUGCACAAAACCUUCUGUUAGGCCUACAGAAAUAAAUGCUUAUAAAAAUGUAUCUAACUGGUGGGAUACACAAGCUACAUUCCUUGCCAAAUGACGACAGUUUUAUCACACAUUCAAAAUGGACUGGUUGAUUGACGAAGGAGAAUGUGUUCCAACAACGAGCUGCAUUUUUUACAUAAUUGUGUUGUCUGUUUUCCGCAUAGGCUACAUUGCAAACUGCUUGUGCCAUUUAGAAUUGGUUAGCCUAUAACCCCCCUAAACAUACAGGUUACACACUGAAAAUACGCAAAAACAUUAGUUUGAUAAAGACAGAGCAGAUUUAUCAGAAUCAUUAAGCCUAGGCCUACUAACCAAACAUGUUGUGGUUGUAAUUCGUCACCAUGCAGUGUUCAAUGUGGGAUUGUUAAUCCAUUUUGCAGAAUAAAUCAAAUGACUGCAAUAUUGAAAAGGAGACAGAUUUUGUUUUUUAACCCUGAAAAAAUGAUUUCAUCUCGCCAAAUUGAGUCCCGUUUCAAAUGAUCACUCUUUGAGAAUAACUGUUUGAGAUGCGAGAUGUGUAUCACUUUGCAGUGGCAACUUUUUUUCAUUUGAACAUUUUUAUAUUAUGAUUUUUUAUUUUAUUUUUUUACAAUAAAAUGUGUCUUGACUGAUUUAAGGGCUCUGGUAAUAAGUGUAUUGUCUACUGAAUUAACAAAGCAAGGCUACGCCAUUGCACAGCCAUGGGCUUUACAAGCAAGCACCACUGCUGAGGUUACUGACUUUUUUAAGAUUGAGUUCCACAACAUAAUUUAACCAGUUGAUAUUACGGGGUUGAUAAAUUGAUCUUCAAUGGCACUUGCCUUUUUAUUGACUGUGUGUGUAUAUUCACAGUGCCAGUCGAAAGUUUGGACACACUUACUCAUUCCAGGGUUUUUCUUUAUUUGUACUAUUUUCUACAUUGUAGAGUUAUAGUGAAGACAUCAAAACUAUGAAAUAACACAUGGAAUCAUGUAAUAACCCCAAAAAAAUUAUACAAAUCAAAUUUAUAUUUUAUAUUUCAAAUUCUUCAAAGUAGCCACUUUUUGCCUUGAUGACAGCUUUGCACACUCUUGGCAUUCUCUCAACCAGCUUCAUGAGGAGCUUGUUGAAGGAGUUCCCGCAUAUGCUGAGCACUUGUUUGCUGCUUUUCCUUCACUUUGCCGUCCGACUCAUCCCAAACCAUCUCAAUUGGGUUGAGGUCGGGGGAUUGUGGAGGUCAGGUCAUCUGAUGCAGCACUCAAUCACUCUACUUCUUGGUAAAAUUGCCCUUACACAGCCUGGAGGUGUUGGGUAAUUGUCCUGUUGAAAAACUAAUGAUACUCCCACUAAGCCCAAACCAGAUGGGAUGGUGUAUCGCUGCAGAAUGCUGUGGUAGCCAUGCUGGUUAAGUGUGCCUGGAAUUCUAAAUAAAUCAGACAGUUUCACCAGCAAAGCACCCCCACACCAUAACACCACCUCCUCCAUAUUUUACGGUGGGAACUACACAUGCGGAGAUCAUCCGUUCACCCACACUGCGUCUCAGACACAUGGCGGUUGGAACCAUAAAUCUCCAAUUUGGACUCCAGACCAAAGGACAAAUUUCCACCGGUCUAAUGUCCAUUGCUCGUGUUUCUUGUCCCAAGCAUGUAUCUUCUUAUUGGUGUCCUUUAGUAGUGUUUCUUUGCAGCAAUUCGACCAUGAAGGCCAUAAUCACACAGUCUUGUCUGAACUGUUGAUGUGUCUGUUACUUGAACUCUGUGAAGCAUUUCUGGGCUACAAUUUCUGAGGCUGGUAACGAUAGUUAACUUAUCCUUUGCAGCAAAGUUAACUCCGGGUCUUCCAUUCAUGUGGCGGUCCUCAUGAGAGCCAGUUUCAUCAUAGCACUUGAUGGUUUUUGCGACUGCACUUGAAGAAACUUUCAAAGUUCUUGACAUUUUCCGUGUUGACUGACCUUCAUGUCUUAAAGUAAUGAUGGACUGUUGUUUCUCUUUGCUUAUUUGAGCUGUUCUUUCCAUAAUAUGGACUUGGUCUUUUACCAAAUAGGGCUAUCUUCUGUAUUCCCCCACCCCACCUUGUCAUAACACAACUGAUUGGCUCAAACACAUUAAGAAGGAAAUAAAUUCCACAAAUUAGCUUUUAAGAAGGCACACCUGUUAAUUUAAAUGCUUUCCAGAUGACUACCUCAUGAAGCUGGUUGAGAGAAUGCCAAGAGUGUGCAAAGCUGUCAUAAAGGCAAAGGGUGUCUAUUUGAAGAACCUUAAAAUAUAUUUGGAUUUGUUUAACACUUUUUUGGUUACUACAUGAUUCCGUGUGGUAUUUCAUAGUUUUGAUGUCUUCACUAUUAUUCUACAAUGUAGAAAAUAGUACAAAUAAUGGAAAUCCCUUGAAUGACUAGGUGGUCUAAAACAUUUGACCGUGUGUGUAUAUAUAAACACACACGGUGCAUUCGGAAAGUAUUCAGACUCCUUGACUUUUUCCACAUUUUGUUACGUUACAGCCUUAUUCUAAAAUGGAUUAAAAAAUAGGUAUUUUGAUUUUUUUUGCACAUUUAUUAAAUAUUAAAAACAUAUCACAUUUACAUUAGUAUUCAGACCCUUUACUCAGUACUUUGUUGAAUCACCUUUUGCAGCGAUUAUAGCCUUGAGGCUUCUUGGGUAUGAUGCUACAAGCUUGGCACACCUGUAUUUGGGGAGUUUCUCCCAUUCUUCUCUGCAGAUCCUCAAGCUCUGUCAGGUUGGAUGUGGAGCUUCGCUGCACAGCUAUUUUCAGGUCUCUCCAGAGAUGUUCGAUCGGGUUUAAGUCCGGGCUCUGGCUGGGCCACUCAAGGACAUUCAGAGACUUGUCCCGAAGCCACUCCUUCAUUGUCUUCGCUGUGUGCUUAGGGUCGUUGUCCAGUCUGAGGUCCUGAGAGCUCUGGAGCAGGUUUUCAUCAAGGAUCUCUGUACUUAGCUCCGUUUAUCUUUCCCUCGAUCCUGACUAGUCUCCUUUCCCUGCCGGUGAAAAAUAUCCCGACAGCAUCAUGCUGCAACCACCGUUCAUCACCGUAGGGACGGUAUUGGCCAGGUGAUGCUCAGUGCCUGAUUUCCUCCAGACGUGAUGCUUUGGCAUUCAGGCCAAAGAGUUCAAUCAUGGUUUCAUUAGACUAGAGAAUCUAGUUUCUCAUGUUCUGAGAGUCCUUUUAGGUGCUUUUUGGCAAACUCCAAGCGUGCUGUCAUGUGCCUUUUACUGAGGAGUGGCUUCCGUCUGGCCACUCUACCAUAAAGGCCUGAUUUGGUGGAGCGCUCAGAGAUGGUUGCCCUUCUGGAAGGUUCUCCCAUCUCAACAGACGAACUCUGGAGCUCUGUCAGAGUGACCAUCGGGUCCUUGUUCACCUCCCUGACCAAGGCCCUUCUCCCCCGAUUGCUCAGUUUGGCCUGGCGGCCAGCUCUAGGAAGAGUCUUGGUGGUUCCAAACUUCUUCCAUUUAAGAAUGAUGGAGGCCACUGUUUUCUUGGGGACCUUCAAUGCUGCAGACAUUUUUUGGUACCCUUCCCCAGAUAUGUGCCUCGACACAAUCCUUUCUCGGAGCUCUACGGACAAUUCCUUCGAUCUCAUGGCUUGGUUUUUGCUCUAACAUGCACUGUCAACUGUGGGACCUUUAUAUAGACAGGUGUGUGCCUUUCCAAAUCAUGUCCACAGGUGGACUCCCAAGUUGUAGAAACAGGAUGCACCUGAGCUGAAUUUCGAGUCUCAUAGAAAAGGUUCUGAAUAAUCAUGUAAAUAAGGUAUUUCUGUUUAUUUUGUAUUAAUUUGCAAACACUUCUGAAAACCUGUUUUCGCUUUGUCAUUAUGGGGUAUUGCGUGGAGAUUGAGGAACAACAUUAAUCAAUUUUCGAAUAAGGCUGUAACAAAAUGUGAACGGAAAACAAACCGCUCAAGCCGCGUCCCUGUCAUACCCCACGGCCCUGAGGAAAGAAAUCUGUGUUUAUUGCCAUUUUUAACUGCACACUUUUCUGUGUACUUUGAUUUCGUUUUUUCCCCUAACACCGCUUUACAUCAAUUUCUGUAGCAGACCCUCAUGCCAAAUUGAGUCAAAGCUUUUUUUAAAUCAACAAAGCAUGAGAAGACUGCAUUUGUUUUGUUUUUGUCAGGAAGAAUGUGCAGGGUGUAUACGUGGUCUGUCGUAUGGUAUUUUGGUGAUGCCGAUUUUGACAUUUGUUCAGGACAUUAUUUUCACUGAGGAAAUGUUGGAGUCAGCUGUUGAUGAUACUGCAGAGGAUUUUUCAGAGAUUGCUGUUGACAUAGAUUCCACUGUAAUUAUUGGGGUCAAAUGUGUUACAUUUUGUGGAUUGGGGUGACAAGAACUUGGUUCCAAAUAUUGGGGAAUAAUGAUAAUGUCGAAGAGUUUAAUAAUAGCCAAUUUGACUUUGUGGUCUGUAUAUUUUGUUUAGUAUAACAUCAACACCACAGGUCUUUUUGAGUUUGUAUUUUGUAUCAGUCUCUCUCAAAACCCACACACGAAUCCCCUGUCAGCUGAGUUUUGACACUCCGGGCAGUCUGUCUGGGAAUUGAAAGUUUUGUUGUUUUUUUCUUCUUCUUCCUGGUGAAAGAAGGUUUGCUUACAGCAACACACUUAUCACAAUUUCACUGUGUGUGUGGGCCCGAGGUGUGAACUUGAUGCCCCAGCUGUGUUGCAUUGAAUCCCUGUGCGUUUCCCAGGCCAAUUUCCCAGCUUUAGAGUAUACCCUCACCCCACCCUCCCUGCUGCCCACAUAACCAUGACACUGCAUGCAUACUGGUAUUUAUCUCUCUCCCUUCUCUCUUCUCUCUCCUGUAGAGCUCCAGUCCUGGUGGCCUUAGCUCUGAUUGAGACAGGGAUGAAGUAUGAGGAUGCGGUGCAGUUCAUACGACAGUAAGCACUACUUUAGCUUUCACACCGGCGGGGGGGAACCAAUAUUGUUGUGCUGUGGAACCUGUAUUGUCAUGUGUUCUCUUUAUUAGUUUUGUUAGAAUAUGCCCAGGGCACAUUGAUGUUGUUACUGUGCUGCUAUGUUCUCUUGUGACCAUACAAGACCACUUUAUCGUUAUUUCUCUCACCUCCUCCCUCCCUCCCUCAGGAAGAGACGUGGAGCUUUCAACUCCAAACAGCUACUUUACCUGGAGAAAUACAGACCCAAGAUGCGUCUGCGGUUCAAGGAUGCCAACGGCCACAACUGCUGCAUCCAAUAGUGUGUGUGUGUGUGCAGCCUCUCCAUCAAACAACAUUAUUCCAACGAAGGGGAGAUAAAACAACGAGAGAAAGCUAUCAGUAAUUAUUGUGAUUUGAUAACACUGAGACAUGGCUAAUUGAUCACAAAAUUGAUGAAAUAAUGAGCGAAUGAUUCCAUUUGAAUUAAUGCAAAUCUAGAGGUCUGAACGAAUGAAGGAGAAGGUCAAAGCACACAGAUGCCUCCAAGUUGUCCAAUCAUGGGCCUAGCAUUUCUUCGAGUCAUCCACAUUUUUAUUUUCAGUGUUGAAUCAUGGAUAGCGGUUCCUCUUUUUUACACACAUGUACAUGAAAGUUUAACUGGUGAUAAAAAUAUAUCAACAAAAAUGUUAUCGAUAUUGAUCAUUUGUUUAUUUUUCUUGAAUUGUUAAUGAUAUUAAUUAUGCCCAGGGUUAUGUACCUUUUUAAUAUAUAUAUAAUUUUAAAAAAUUAACCCUUCAGCACAAUAAAAUAUUAUUCUGUUUAGGACAAAAAAACUAAAAAUGACAGUCCAUUAGGGUUAUUGAGGUAUUUUUGUACAACACAAAAUCGCCAAAAAAUUCCACUGAAAUUGCUGUAAUGCCCC